UGGUCGUUGGCCCUACUGUCAUGUCACUGAUGUCAUAUCUAAUGAAAAACGAAAAACUGGAAAAACUUAAAAUACAGCUUCCAAAACGAUUUGCAAUAAAUUGAGCUUGAAACUAAUAUAAUUCCUUUGAAUUUGGACUGUUUAUAGUUAAUUUGUGUUCUGAAUGGUGAUUUAAUCCAGGAUGGCUUCAUCUAAUACACUACAGAAAGCUAUCGAUCUUGUUACCAAAGCUACUGAAGAAGAUAAAAACAAGAAUUAUGAAGAAGCCUUACGACUUUAUGAGCAUGGUGUAGAAUAUUUUUUGCAUGCAGUGAAAUACGAGGCCCAGGGAGAAAGGGCUAAAGAGAGUAUAAGAGCUAAGUGCCUACAGUACUUGGAUAGGGCUGAGAAACUGAAAGAAUAUCUCAAGAAGGACAAGAAGAAAAAACCAGUAAAAGAUGGUGAGGCAAAUUCAAAGAGCGAUGACAAGAAGAGUGACAGUGACAGUGAUUCAGAUGAUCCAGAAAAGAAAAAGUUGCAGGGAAAGUUAGAGGGUGCCAUAGUGGUAGAAAAACCACACGUAAAGUGGAGCGAUGUAGCUGGACUCGAAGGAGCCAAGGAAGCCUUGAAGGAAGCUGUUAUCUUACCUAUUAAAUUCCCUCACCUAUUUACAGGCAAGAGGAUUCCUUGGAAGGGUAUUUUACUUUUUGGCCCUCCUGGUACUGGUAAAUCAUACCUUGCUAAAGCUGUAGCUACUGAAGCCAACAAUUCUACAUUCUUUUCUGUAUCAUCUUCUGACCUUGUGUCUAAAUGGCUGGGAGAGUCUGAGAAGCUAGUGAGAAACUUGUUCGAACUUGCUCGUCAACACAAACCGAGUAUCAUAUUCAUUGAUGAAAUAGACUCCUUGUGCUCAUCACGUUCUGACAAUGAAUCUGAAUCUGCUAGGAGGAUUAAAACUGAGUUCCUUGUACAGAUGCAAGGUGUAGGAAAUGAUAUGGACGGCAUCCUUGUGCUAGGAGCUACAAAUAUCCCAUGGGUUCUUGAUGCUGCUAUACGAAGGAGAUUUGAGAAGCGUAUCUACAUCGCUUUGCCUGAGGAGCACGCUCGGUUAGACAUGUUUAAGUUGCAUCUUGGUAACACAAGACACCAAUUGAGUGAUGAGGACAUAAAAGUUUUGGCAGCAAAAACCGAAGGUUAUUCUGGAGCUGACAUAAGCAUUGUGGUUCGUGAUGCUUUAAUGCAACCUGUCAGAAAGGUUCAGUCUGCUACACACUUCAAAAGAGUUACUGGCCCCAGUCCUACAGAUCCAGAUGUAAUUGUCAAUGAUUUACUGACCCCAUGUUCACCUGGUGAACCAGGUGCAGUGGAAAUGACUUGGAUGGACGUACCGAGUGACAAACUUGGUGAACCUCCAGUUACAAUGUCGGACAUGCUUAGAUCUCUAGCAACCUCAAAACCGACUGUAAAUGAUGAUGACAUGAUCAAACUUAAGAAGUUUAUGGAAGAUUUUGGUCAAGAAGGUUAACUUUAAUUGUCAUGUUUAUCUCUUCAGAAAUGUUAUAGAAGCACAGUGCCUAUAUUUUUGCGAGAGCUUAUUGUAAUUAUUUUAUAAGUGUAAUUAUUCUUUUUACUUGCUUUUCCACAUUCAUUAUGGUCAUACAAAUAAUCACAUCAUUGAUAUUAGAUUAUAAUUGCUUACUGCUAAGUUUUAAGUUAUGGAAAUUAAUAGAAAUUAAAUGUUUGUUGAAUACAGAAAUUUUUGUAAACUUGAAAAUUGAAAUAUUAUUUGUGUUGUUGAAAUGUAAAAUUAAAGUUAAAUCCUCCAUAGUAUUUUGAUCAUAUGGAGUCAUAUGCAAAAACAUUAAUUGUCUUAGUAUAAUUUUGUAUGACGUGUAGGUUCAACGCACACCGGCAGAGCAGAGUUGCGGUAUUUAAUAGCGGUACACUUCUGUGUUUUGUUUUUGUAUUGUAGUUUAGGUAAUUAUUAAAAAGACUACUCCACUCAAAUCUGUCUGUAUGCGUCGGCCCUUUAGUGUUAUUUAAAAUAUCAUUAGUUUUAUUUUUAUCUAUCUGAUGCCCAUGA